GAGAGCUCGAAAGCUCGAAAGCUCGAAAUACUUUCCGACUUUCGUUGAACUGCUACAAAUCCAUUCAAUAUGACGGAAAGACAUCAAACCAAACGUCGAAGAUACGAUAGCGAAGUUUCUACUCCGGGUUAUAGUUCACCAGAUGAAUUGGCAGACGAUAAAGCAAUUCGCCCAUCUACGAGCACGCGUCGCGAUUCAACACGCAGACAAUCAAGACCAUAUUCUAGUGAUGGCAGCGCCGACGAACUAGAUCAUACACAUCCCCACCAUCGAAGUCGUCGAAAUUCCAAUCAUUCAAGAAGUAGAUCUACCUCUGAAGAUUCACAUCGCUCGGCGCAAUCCUCAUCUACACCUUCUAAUAAACCUUUAAAACUCAACUACAAAUGCAAAUUUAUAUUACGAGGACAUCGCAAAGGAGUUGCGCAAGUAAGAUAUUCGCCCAAUGGUCGAUGGAUAGCUAGUUGUUCUGCAGAUGGCACAAUUAAAAUAUGGGAUGCGGAAACAGGGAAACAUUUGCGAACAAUGGAAGGACAUCUCGCAGGUGUAUCAACAAUAGCUUGGAGUCCGGACUCAAACACUAUUGCAUCCGGAUCGGACGAUAAGGUUAUUAGACUCUGGGAUCGAGCGACUGGUAAACCAUAUCCUACGCCUUUACUCGGUCAUCAUAAUUAUGUUUAUUCGGUGGCUUUUUCUCCAAAGGGUAACGUAAUUGCCAGUGGAAGCUAUGAUGAGGCAGUCUUCCUGUGGGAUCUACGUGCAAGAAGACAGAUGAGAAGUUUACCAGCGCAUUCAGACCCGGUUGGUGCGGUGGAUUUUAUCCGAGAUGGAACCUUAGUAUGCAGUUGUUCUACUGAUGGGCUCAUUCGUGUAUGGGAUACUGCAACCGGCCAAUGUCUUCGAACUCUCGUGCACGAAGAUAAUGCACCUGUGACCACAGUCCGAUUCUCACCCAACGGUCGGUACAUUCUGGCGCAUACACUCGAUUCAUGUAUACGACUUUGGGAUUAUGUAGCUGGAACAUGCAAAAAGACAUAUCAAGGCCACGUUAAUAAUAAAUACUCUUUAGGUGGAAGUUUUGGUUUCAGUGGCAAUCAAGGAUUUAUCAGUUCGGGUAGUGAGGAUGGCGAUAUUCUCUUCUGGGACGUUAGCACGAAGGAAUUGAUACAAAAAGUUCAUGGGCACGAAGGUGUAGUUUGUUGGGUUGAUACUGCUCCUGGACCAAAUGGAGCAAUUGUUAGUGCUGGUUUGGAUGGGACAGUUCGGAUAUGGGUCGAUGUGGGUGAUGAAGAUGGGUCUCCAAGACUGGAUAAUCUGCAUCUUGAAUCGCAAGACACAAAUCAUGUGAAACAGGAAAUGGGAGAAGAUGAAGACAUGGGUGAUUACAAGAAUGAGGAAAGAGAUGACAGAGACGAGGAAAGAAGGAGAUAUAGCAAUGAUACCCCGAGAGAUGAUAUGAGUGUGGACAGGGAGAGAUCGAGAGAUAGGGAGAUAGAAGGGCAGAUAGAAGCGGAGAUAGAAGUGGAGAGGGAAAGGGAAAGUCAAAGGGAAAGAUAUAAAAGCGAGUUACGCAGUCCGGAGAAAAUGGAGGAAGAUUGAGAAGCUCCGAUAAAGAAAAUUAAUUUAAUCUAAUGUGUAAAGUAUCACAUUACCUCUCUAAUCGAAUACUAACCGGAGCCUGGAACUAGAUCCUCGCUAGGAUUGAGAAGUGGAAACGAAUCUCAAGUCGAUCUAGAUGAUUGCUGGCAAAUAUCGUGACAAACUAAAAUCCUUUCUUCUCGGUCGUCAGCCUGUAGUUGUCACCCAGAAAGUAUAAGUCUUAUUUCCUCUGCGCGAGGGGAGAAUAGUGUUUGAGCUUUGAAGCUGGAAGUUGGGAGCGGGAACAAUGCGUCUCUGUAAAACAAUAAGUCUACUCAGACUACUGUGGUUCGUGAUUAGGUUCCGUGAUGAUUGUAGAUGCAUUUGGUUUUUGGUAAGUGAUAGAGUACGAGUAUAAUAAGCACGAAACUUCAUGUUAGUACGAAGUACUUGUCUUUUCCCACGAAUUGUGAUUUGUAGGAAAAAUCAAGUAAAUGCUCA